UUGGCUGAAGCGGUGAGAGCUCGAUUCCCAUUGGCUGGAGGAUUAUAGUUUGCUCUUUGGAAGUGUGUGGACCGGAAGUAGCGGGUAGAAUGUGGAGGGCAGGCAUGUCAGAAGAAAUAGGGAGAGCUCUGCAGUCUGUGUGUGAGAGAGUGCAACAUGCUGUAUCUAGGCGGCCCCAGGCUCUCCCAUCGAUUAACCCCAGAUUGGUGGCUGUAAGUAAAACAAAACCAGCAGAUAUGGUAAUCGAGGCAUACAAACAUGGACAGAGAUAUUUUGGGGAAAAUUAUGUCCAAGAACUGUGUGAAAAGGCUUCAGAUACCAAUAUUUUAUCGUCUUGUCCAGAGAUCAAGUGGCAUUUCAUCGGACAUCUACAGAAGACACACAUCAAUAAGUUAGUUGCUGUCCCAAACCUUCACAUGAUGGAAACUGUAGAUUCUGCAAAACUAGCAGAUAAAGUGAACAGCUCCUGGCAAAAGAAAGGUUCUUCUGAGAAGUUGAAGGUCAUGGUGCAGGUCAAAACUAGCGAUGAGGAAAGCAAACACGGCCUUGCACCAGGGGAAACUGUAGAACUGGUUAAACAUAUCAAGGAAAAGUGUCCAAGUCUAGAGUUUGUGGGACUUAUGACCAUUGGGAGCUUUGGCUAUGAUAUCACUCAGGGCCCAAACCCUGAUUUUCAGUUAAUGCUGGCUCAGCGUCAGGUGGUGUGUGAGAAGCUUGGCCUUCAGUUGGACAUGGUAGAGCUCAGCAUGGGAAUGUCUAAUGACUUUGAGCAUGCGAUCGAGUUUGGCUCCACUAACAUCCGUGUCGGUAGCACCAUUUUUGGAGAACGGAUUUACUCCAAAACAGAGAAGUCUGCUUCAAGUAUGGUAUCGACGCAAGAUGAACUUGCCAACCUCUCUGUAAAGUAGAAUGAAUCUUUCUCAUUGCAGAGGUUCACAGCAGGAAAAGUGUGAUAUCUCAAAAACUAUACAGUAUUGUGAUUUGAAUAGGAAGUUGAUACAUCCAACCUGUGUUUGAUUAACAUAUUCAUCUUUUUGUAACAUCUUCUAAAAAAACAACAACCCUUUACUGAAAAGAUAGCCUGGUAGCCGUGCAUAGCAACUAAAAUAUCAAAAAGGGUUUAUUCAUAUCUUUAUAAUAAUCAACAUUCAGUACUGGAUAAAAUUGCUGAAUUUAUGGGUGAGUACUUAAAUAUCACAUCUCCUACUCUACUCCAGCAGUUGGGUACAUUGUUAUAUGCCAUCCUUGGAUCACUAAUGAUUUAGUGAGGACAACUUGAUACCCCACCAAAUGACA